CGUUUGAAAAUUCAUUAUAGGACACACACCGGGAAAAGCCAUAUAAAUGCAAUGAGUGCAAUUACGCUAGUAGCCGGAAAAAUCAUUUGCUAAAUCAUGUAAGGACACACACUGGUGAAAAGCCAUAUAAAUGUGAUCAGUGUGACUACGCUAGUAGCCAUCAAAUGUCAUUGCAAGUUCACGUAAGGACACAUACUGGGGAAAAGCCAUAUAAAUGUAACCAGUGCAGCUUCGCUAGUAGCCAGAAAAAUAAUUUGAUAAAUCAUGUAAGGACACACACUGGUGAAAAGCCAUAUAAAUGUGAUCAGUGUGACUACGCUAGUAGCCAGAAAAGUUCAUUGAAAGUUCACGUAAGGUCACAUACUGGGGAGCAGCCAUAUAAAUGCAACCAGUGUAACUACGCUAGCAGCUAUAUAAGUUCACUGCAAGUUCAUGUAAGGACACACACUGGGGAAAAGCCAUAUAAAUGCAACCAGUGUAACUACGCUUGCAGCUAUAUAAGUUCACUGCAAGUUCAUGUAAGGACACACACUGGAGAAAAGCCAUAUAAAUGCAACCAGUGCAACUACGCUAGUUGCCAGAAAAAUCAUUUGAAAAAGCACAUAAGGACACACACUGGGGAAAAGCCGUAUAAAUGCCAACAAUGCAACUACGCUAGUAGCCAGAAACAUAAUUUGCUAAUUCAUGUAAGGACACACACUGGUAAAAAGCCAUAUAAAUGCAACCAGUGCAAUUACGCUAGCAGCUUUAAACGACAUUUGCAAGCUCAUGUAAGGACACACACUGAGGAAAAGGCAUAAAAAUAUAACC